AUGGGCUCCGUCGUACUUCCCCAUCUCAACACUGGCUGGCAUGUGGACCAAGCCAUUCUCUCAGAGGAAGAUCGCCUUGUCGUCAUUCGCUUCGGACGUGAUUGGGAUCCAGAUUGUAUGCGCCAGGACGAAGUACUGUACAAGAUCGCCGAUAAGGUGCGCAACUUCGCCGUGAUUUAUCUCUGCGAUAUCGACCAGGUUCCCGACUUCAACCAGAUGUACGAGCUGUAUGACCCUUGCUCCCUCAUGUUUUUCUUCCGAAACAAACACAUGAUGAUUGAUCUGGGUACCGGUGACAACAACAAGAUCAAGUGGGUUCUUGAGGACAAGCAAGAACUCAUUGACAUUUUCGAAACGGUGUAUCGAGGCGCCAAGAAGGGUCGUGGUUUGGUCGUCAGUCCCAAGGAUUAUUCUACACGACACAGGUACUAG